GCAGGCACUUCCACGCCGUGCAGGCUAACUCGCUUUCGGCUUUGGUUCGAGAUGGAAACUCGUCGCACCGUGAGGGGCUCCAGCGCCCGCAACUACAAGGGUGGACUAACCCUAUGGCUGAUUCUGUGGCUGGUGGUGGUGAAGCCGGGUGGGGUCACAGCAUGCCCCAAGCUGUGUGUGUGUUACCCUACGCCCAUGACGGUCAGCUGCCAGUCCCAGAACCUCACCAUAGUGCCGGCCGGUGUGCCCUACAACUCACAACGUGUUUUCCUCCAGAACAACCGCAUCACAGAGCUUCGCGCAGACUCUUUUGGCUUUGAGACACAAGUGCUUUGGCUAUAUGGCAACAACAUCACAUGGAUUGAGGCCGGAGCCUUCAGUAACCUCAGGGUACUGGAAGAGCUGGAUCUGGGUGACAACCCUUCACUGCGCCACUUGGAAGGUGGAGCCUUCAGGGGCUUGGAGAAGCUGCAGAGCCUGCAUAUGCAUCGUUGCAAGCUGGCCACUCUCCCCCAUGAUCUCUUCCACAAGCUGUACAGCCUGCAAUUUCUCUAUCUGCAGGAAAAUCAACUCCAUUUUCUGCAUGAUGACCUUUUCUCUGAUCUGGUCAACCUCACCCAUCUGUUCCUGCAUGGGAACCGUAUCCGUACCCUCACUGAAAAUGUGUUCAGGGGUCUGGUCAACCUGGACCGUCUCCUUCUGCAUGACAAUCGCAUCAGGCAGGUCAACCGCAAGGCCUUUCGUGACCUUGGCCGUCUUACCAUCCUUUACCUGUUCAACAACUCCCUGGCUGAGCUACCAGGACAGACCAUGAAAGAUGUCCAAGACAUCCAGUUCCUCCGCCUCAAUGGUAACCCCUGGUCCUGUGGCUGUGAGGCACGUCCCCUUUGGGAGUGGUUCCGCAAGGCCCGCAUCUCCUCAUCUGACCUUGUGUGCACUUCCCCAUCUACACGUCGUGGUCAGGACCUCCGAUUCCUCCGGGAAAUGGAUUUCGCUCUCUGCCCUCUUCCUGACCCCGGCUCUCUGGCUGGAUCCACCACAACCACCUUCAGUACCAAGACCCGCUGGUGGUUCUCCAAGAACAAACCCGAAUCCAAAUCAAAGUCCUUAUACCAGAAGAGCUCAGAAACAGUGAAGUCAUUCCCUUUCCCUGCGGUCAAGCCUCAGUUCCCCUCCAAGUAUGAACUGUCAGCUGAUGAGGCUGCCCUCCCCAAACUGGACCAAGAAGAAUACUGGACCAACUAUGGCAAUGAAGAUUCCUCUGUCCGCUGUGUUGAGCUGGACUGUGCUCCAAGCUAUGACGACCAAGCCUUCCCCUCAUUCUCCUCCCUAGCCAUCACUCCACGCCCACUCCACCUCCUCACCCUCACCAUACUCGUAUUCUCCCUCCAUUUCCUUUUCAGCUGA